AUUUUUUAUCACGUUACAAUAAAAUUUUUUGCAUGAAGCAGAUAUUUCUCGCACUAAUGAAUAUCGAAUGUGAAAUUCUAUCAUCAUAGGCCGAGUGAAAGCAGUAAAUUGUCCUACUUUGGUUUACUGUAUUUUUAUUAUUAAACAGUUUAAUAUUCAAUUGUAAAUACAGUGAUAUGAUGGAAGUGAAAAUUAUUAAGUGUUUAGUACCUAAAUUAGCCAUAUUAUUAAAUUCUAACAAAUUAAUAUAAUUACAGAGUACCUAGUAAAGAUUGUAAUUUAAUUGUACUCGUAAUUUAGCGACCUCCAAACAGAUAUAUUUCAUUGGGGAAUAAUUAACCUAUGUAUGUACAUACCUCCCAACGUAGUUUUUGUCAUUAUCAGUAUUUUUCAUUUUAAAUAAUAAAGCAAUAAUUUACGUAUGUUGAUAACAACAUAUUUUGAAGUUACUCCACUUUGUAGUUAUCUUAAAAUUAAAUAGUUUGUUAGUGCUUAGAAACAAUUCAUGCGAAUGAAAGAGUCGAUAUGGAUGAGUUUAUAAAAUACGAACCAGUUUACACUAAACAACUAGAAAUUAAUAUCGAUGAGGAGUUUAAGAGAGCCAAAGGUGUAUGCUAUUUGGAUCAUGCAGGUGCAACUUUAUAUUCGGAGAAGCAAAUGGAAAUGAUUUUUUCGGAUUUGCGCGACAAUAUUUACGCCAAUCCGCAUUCGUUACACGCUUCUAGCAAAUUGACAGAGGAUCACGUGGAUUUAAUCCGAUAUAGAAUUUUGCAGCACUUCCAAACAACCAGCGAUGAAUAUUCGAUUAUAUUUACAUCAGGAGCGACAGAAUCGUUAAGAGUAGUUGCGGAAACUUUCGAUUAUGGAAAUAUUCAACGCGGAAAUUUUGUUUACUUGCAAAACAACCACACCUCAGUUUUAGGCAUGAGGGGAUAUAGCAAAAAUUGCAAAGAACUAAAAACCGACGAAGCUUUCCAAUACUUAUCGAAGAAUUACGAACCAACAGAAAAUUACAACGAGAACUUCAAUAAUUUAUUCGCCUACCCUGCCCAAUGUAACUUUUCCGGUACGAAAUAUCCGCUCGAAUGGAUAGAAAAAAUACAGAAAGGCGCUCUCAACGCUUUUAUAAACACCGCCAGUCCGAAUUGGUAUGUUUUACUAGAUGCAGCUUGUUUUCUCUCCCACGAAAUUUUAAAUUUGUCGAUAUACAAGCCGGACUUCGUAGCGGUUUCUUUCUACAAAAUAUUCGGCUAUCCGACGGGACUCGGUGCCCUGUUGGUCCGAAAAUCCAGCGAGGGGGUUUUGAAGAAGAGAUAUUUCGGCGGAGGAACCGUACUAAUGGCGACCAGCGCGCAAAACGUUACAAUGCCCAGGAAGAUAUUGAGUGAAAGAUUCGAAGACGGCACCAUACCGUUCCUCGGCGUUCUAUCGCUCAAGCACGGUUUCGAUACAUUGACGAGGCUCAAAUUAACCUUUACGGAUAUAUCAAAACAUACAUUCAAUUUGGCCCGAUAUGUUUAUAGGAGUCUUUUGAGCUUACAUCACUCUAAUGGUCGACCGGUGGCUGUUUUAUUUCACGACACCACAUUCGAAAAUCCCGAACAUCAAGGCCACAUCGUCAAUUUUAAUUUAUUAAGGGAAAACGGCGAGCACGUGGGAUAUUCUGAGGUAUUACAAUUAGCUAAUUUGCACGGUAUACAAUUAAGAACAGGCUGUCAUUGCAACCCAGGAGGCUGCCAGAGGUUUCUGAAGUUACUAGCCAGUGAUGUUAUAAAGCAUUUUAACUCGGGACACGUUUGUGGCGAUCAAAGAGAUCUUAUAGACGGACAACCCACGGGAACAGUGAGAAUUUCAUUCGGUUACAUGUCGACCAAAGAAGAUGCCGAUAAAUUUUUGAAUUUAAUCGAGAACUGCUUUGUUUCUAAACCGAUUGUGAGAAAAAUUCCCGACAAUUACGGUACCAUCCAGCAAAAUUACAGAGAACUGUUUCAUGGCAUCAACGAUAAAACCAACAAUAACGAACCAAACAGUAUUAUUAAAACGAUACCGGCAAUUAAGAAUCCCUCCAUUAGGGAAGAAAACAUUUACCAGCCGGGCAACGCAGUUGCUACAUUACAACAAAUCAUCCUUUAUCCGAUAAAAUCGUGCGGAGCAUUUUCAGUUUCGCACAGUUGGAAGGUUACAAAGAAAGGCUUGAAAUUCGACAGGGAAUGGAUGGUGGUGAACGCGGCGGGCGUAUGUCUAACGCAAAAACAAAACAAGAAAAUGUGUUUGAUAAAACCGGUGAUAAAUUCGAAGACAAACACUUUGACGUUGCGUUUUAGAGGUAAAAGGGACGUUGAAAUAAACAUCGAUGAUGCGGUAACCGGCAAAGAAACGUACCUUUGUCAAAGUAAAGUUUGCGGCGAUAGAGUUGUUGGAUGGGAUUGCGGAGAUGCCGUUUCGGAUUGGCUGUCUGAAAAUCUAGAGGCUCCCGGGUUGCGGUUGUUAAGACAAUUCGAACCGGAUGAAGAAGAUUUGCAGCUGUCGUUUGCUAAUCAAGCCCAAUAUCUACUGAUAAAUUCGACCAGCGUGGAAUGGUUGAGGAAUCAAGUACCAGAAGGAGAAUUAGAUGAAGAUUUAGAAUCGACAAUAAGCAGGUUUAGGCCCAAUUUAGUGGCUCGUUUUUCCCAGCCAUUCGAGGAGAAUGGGAUCAAGGAAAUUUUAAUAGGAGACUUAUCCUUCAAGUUCUUUGGAAAUUGUACUCGUUGUCAAAUGAUUUGCAUCGAUCAGAAAACUGGAGGCAUUUCGAAAGAGCCGUUGAUGAGUUUGUCAAAAGCUUUUAAAGGAAAAAUAAAUUUUGGAAUUUACCUUAAUCGCGAAAGCUCUGUUGAAGAAGGCACUAUUGUUGUAGGUGCUUCAAUAACAGAAAAGGAUGGGACCAGUUUGUAAAUUAAUAAUAUAUAAAAUUGUAUAAUCGUAAAUUAUUCGUGCUUAAUAGAUAAGUAUUCAGGAAGAUCUUUAAAUGAAAAACCCAAUCAAAAAUAAGAUAGCGUACUUACUUUAAUACGGCGAACAUCAUGCACAGUUUAAUUGGUCAGUUUUUUGUUUAUUGUUCACCAAACUUAUUAACUACUUCAAAAGUUCUCACAAAAAUCACUCGCGCGACGACACUUCACUCAUAACCGUAAACCGUGAAACUAAAA